CAUCGACAAAAGAGUCACUAAAUUUGUCCUUCCGAUUUCUGUGACCCUAAACCUAGAUGGCUCCGUUAUGUUUAUAAUGAUUGCCGCCAUGUCCAUCACACAAAGUUAUGGAGUGACGAUUGGGGCUGGAGAGGUGGCCAUAGCCAGCCUUCUCAUUAUAUUGCUGUCCCUCUCACUGGCUGACAUCCCCAGCGGCAGUCUGGUUUUAUUAGUUAUCGUCUGCAGCGCAAUGGAGAUUCCUAUCUCAGACGAAACCAUCGGCCUGUUAUUCACCGUAGACUGGCUGCUUGAUCGAGUACGUGCGGCCAGUAAUAUUUUGAGUCACGGGUUUGCCUGUGCCGUCGUCGAAAGGGUCUGUAGAAAGCAACUUGAAACAAGUAGUGAUCAACCAUCUACAACCACGCAGGACCUUGGGAACUGCAAUGAAAAUGCUGCAGCCGCAGUUUAACAACGGGACCAAGUCUCCUCGUUCGAUUAUGUUUAUCUCUAAGCCCAACCCCUUUGAAGAUUUCGAACCUCCUUGGCCACAAUAAAGUCCUAAAUCCACCAUAUUGCAAUCAUAGAUAUUGCUACAGGCAGAAUAACAUUGCAUUUUCAUCGCUCUAUAUACAUAUACCACAUUUAUUAUUUUAUUUCGCAUGCAACAACCACGCAAAAAAAGAUAAAAUUAUUAUUCCAAAUUUUAUCCCACUCAUGUCACGUCGUAUACACAAAUUAGAAAUAACGAUAUUUUCAGAAUGAAAAGCUGAAAAAAAAUGUCUGAAACGAACUUGAUCCAACCUGUGCCUAACGUAUGCUUGUUUUGCAUGUGUAUUCCGUUUUCCAGAUGGCAUAGGAUAUUUUUGUACAUCCUACGCUUAAUCUGUUUUACAUUCAGUUAACUCAACUUUCACAAAACUCUUAGCUCAAAAGCUUC